CCACAGGGUCUAUCGGCGCCACGUUCCAGAGUAUGAGGCAGAAGAGUUUAUUUCAGUAGUGAGCACAAAGCAAGGGAUGAACCAGCUGACCCAGUCCAGGAUGUGUGGAGUGCAAGGUACUUUUUUCUAGCCUUCAGAUAAUUUGUAGCCCGAAGAACCGUUCUGCUGAGAGGAGCUUACAAUUGCUACCCAUGUUGUGAAGCCACAAGAUCUUGUCUUGUCCUCAGUGGACAGAGCAAUGAAGCUUGUUUAAAUAUGUUUCAUACUUCUUUUGUUGAGAAGGAUUGAAUGUGUCCAUUGGUAGAGACAAAGGGAACUGAAUUUGCAAAGCCAUCUUUUUUGUCAGUGUCUUAGAUUUGCUCACCUCUGCUGCUGUUUAUAUUUUGAAAAGUAGAAGGGGGUCGUCUUCAUGCAGCUGAUGCCAGGCCGGUUGGCUGUUCUCAUUCCUAACUCAGUUCUCCCUUUCUCAAAAUCUGCCCAGGGAUGUGUUGGCAUUGCAGGUUGGGAGUAGGUUGUGGCUACUGUUUGCAACAGGAAUUCGGAAGAAAGAUCAGCAUUAGGGGAGGGUAGCCCAAAAGGGCUCUUCCCCUCUGCAUUCAUCCAAAACAUCUGGCUAUGAAGGGGAAAGGGGGGACACACCAGGAGCAGAUCGUGUCUGGCAGGUUCAGGAACACUGAAACUUGUUAUGGAUAGGCAGACAAAGAUGCUUUAGCAGAGUUUUGUUGAGAUGUGGCCCUAAAAGUGGAACCUGGGACAUCCAGUGCGGCUGCACAGUGGGAGCUUCAGGGCUGGGCAAAGGAAAGACGUGUCAGGGAUUUGCUCCCGUAAGGUGUGGUGGCGGCCACCAACCUGGACAAGGAUUGGGUCAGUUCGUGGUGGGAGAAGCUAUGAAUGGCUGCUGAGUGCUGACAGCUCAAAAUUACCUCCUGCAUCAGAGGCAGCUUGCUGGGCACAGCAGUGAGAGGAGCCGUUUCCUUCAUGGCAACAGUGAUGCCUCCGAUAGGCCUUAAAUCUCUGGACUGACUGUUUUUAUAUUUUUGUAUCUUACCCAAAUGUGUAGUCCUGUCAGUUUAUACUUGUGUUGUUUUAUAACAUAUUAGCACGCUUUAGUAGUGUGUUUUAUAAGUUGCUUCAAGCAAUUUUAGUGAAAAUGGCUGAAACAAAUAUUCUUCAAGCUCUGCAGUUUGGGCUGAGUGGGUGGGAGGAAGGCUCCUCUUCUUGAGUCAUAAACAAAGUUGCAAAGUCUCUUGGUUUUGGUGAACUCCUGAACAUUUGGAUACAAUUCAGAGUAGCAUUUUCUGAAUUUUUGAAGAGGCAUUACUUUUUCUGAAGCUCUUUCAGCUUAUAAUUGACCGUGACCAUGGUUCUGAGACGGCAAAAGAGAGGCUGUUCUUGUACGCCAUGGAACAGUCAUGGCAGUCUGCUCUCCGUCUGGCAGUGGCGUCUGGAUCGCCUCUGGCCCCAGUCAUUUUGCUCUGUGUCACCGCUGAAGAACUGCUGGACCAAACCGGGUAACGUCCCAGUGGAGUCUGAUUCAAUGUGAGCCAGGAAGCAACCGAAGUGCAGAAUUUGCUUCAGGUCACAGCUGGGAUUAGAAACGGAAGCAGUUCCCUCGCCAGAAGCAUUUUCCCUUCAAAGCUAGUGUUGGUUGUGCGUGAAGAGCAGGCUCUUCUGAAACGAAGUUUGGGAGGUUUUUCACUGGCACCCUUGGCUCCUGAAGCCGCUCAGAUUGUUGACAGCUGUGCGGUGGCGAGGCAGUGCCAUCUGCGUGUUUUCCUGGAAGGGUUUUGCUCCUUUCAUCUGUUUUCUUGCGCGUGAGUCCAUGUGAGAUGUUGGCAGCAUCUCUCAUGCCACAUCAAAGAGCGACACAUUCCAGACGUCAGCCCUGAAGGGUGUUGGGAGCUGGUUGCCCCCCAAGCCCCGCAUUCUUGCUCAAACCAGAUCACAGAGGUCAUUAGCAAAAGACAUCAGGCUAGUUUGGAAACCAGCUUAUUAGAGAGGUGGCAGCUCAUGCCAGCAAGAAGUUCAUUUCAAACAUGAUCCCCAUCCCAACCAGAGUUCACUCCACCCUCAGGAAGGUUCCUGGUGCUUGUGGGCCAGACAGCAGGGAUUCUGAAUGCUGCUCAAUCAGCCCGCUCUCUUGAGCUGAUGUUGGACGAUGGGACUAGUUGAACUGCUCUGACUCCACCGGUUCAGCAGAGUCUCUCCCAAAACCAGAGAGUGUCAUGCUCUUGCCAUCCCUUUGCUCACAUUGCGGGGCUUGGUGGCCUUGACCUCUCAGCUUAGAGUUCUGAGCCCACCUUUUCCUCCAGACCGGAUUCAGAGUCUGAGCAUGACCUUGGGAUGCUGCCUUGGGAAAAGCAGGCCACUCCCUGUGCAGGGGCGCAAACAACAGCCUGCCAGGUGGGAUGCUGAGUGGGGAGGGUGGAAGUAAGGAGCCCAGGCGGCAUGGGUGGACCUGGCCUAAGGCACAGCGAUGCUCCCGGGGGGGGACAGCAGGGUGUCCGGCGUGCUGAGGCCCCUCUCCUCUCACCUCUCCUAUGCCAAGGGAGCCUCAUGCACUCGGAGAAGCAGAGGGAAAAGUGGGAGGAGAGGCAGCAGAAGCGGCGGCGGCUCAGGCAGCGCUCCGUCAGCAAGGAGAAGUGGGUGGAGACCCUGGUGGUGGCGGACGCCAAGAUGGUGCAGCACCACGGCAGCGAGCACGUGGAGAAGUACGUCCUGACGGUCAUGAACAUGGUGGCUGGUUUAUUCCACGAUGCAAGCAUUGGGAACCCAAUCCACAUUUCUAUCGUGCGCCUCAUCUCCCUGGAAGAGGAAGAGAAAGAUCUGAAGAUUACGCACCACGCAGACAACACCCUGAGGAGUUUCUGCAAGUGGCAGAAGGCCAUCAACAUCAAGGGGGAUGCUCACCCGCUGCACCACGACGUUGCAGUCCUGCUGACGAGGAAGGACCUCUGCACAGCCAUGAACCAUCCGUGCGAGACGCUGGGCCUGUCUCACGUCUCUGGCAUGUGCCAGCCCCACCGGAGCUGCAACAUCAACGAGGACACGGGGCUUCCCCUGGCAUUCACGGUGGCCCAUGAGCUCGGACACAGUUUUGGGAUUCAGCAUGAUGGAAGCGGCAAUGACUGUGAGCCAGUGGGGAAAAGACCUUUCAUCAUGUCUCCACAGCUCCUGUAUGACACGUCGCCACUCACCUGGUCCCACUGCAGCCGGGAAUACAUCACCCGCUUCCUCGACCGGGGCUGGGGGCUUUGCCUGGACGACCCGCCGGCCAAGGACAUGAUCGACUUCCUCUCCGUGCCGCCUGGGGUCCUCUACGACGUUGGUCACCAGUGCCGUCUCCAGUAUGGCCCCUACUCCACCUACUGCGACGACAUGGACAACGUCUGCAGCACGCUCUGGUGCUCCGUGGGGAACACGUGCCACUCCAAGCUGGACGCGGCCGUCGACGGCACCAGAUGCGACGACGACAAGUGGUGCUUCGAUGGAGAGUGCGUCCGCGUGGGCCACCGGCCGGAGCCCGUCGACGGGGGCUGGGCCGCCUGGAGCUCCUGGGCGGGCUGCUCCCGGACCUGCGGGGGCGGCGUGCAGAAUGCGGAGCGGCAGUGCAGCAGCCCCACGCCAAAGUACGGGGGCAAAUUUUGCCUGGGGGAGCGGAAACGCUUCCGAGUGUGCAGCACCCAGCCGUGCCCGGCAGGCAAGCCGUCUUUCCGCCACGUCCAGUGCAGCUACUUCGAUGCCAGGCCCUACAAAGGGAAACUUUAUAAAUGGACUCCAGUGCCUAAUAAGAGCAGCCCCUGCGAACUGCACUGCCGCCCAGAAAACGGGUACUUUGCCGAGAAGCUCCGGGAUGCUGUUGCCGACGGGACGCCCUGCUACGAAGGAAGCGCCAGGCGGGACCUGUGCAUCAACGGGAUCUGCAAGAACGUUGGCUGCGACUACGAGAUUGACUCCUACGCUGUCGAGGACCGGUGCGGCAUGUGUCGCGGGGAUGGCUCCACCUGCCAGACGGUCAAGAGGACCUUCGAGGAGCGCGAGGGCCGAGGUUAUGUUGAUGUGGGACUGAUCCCAGCUGGAGCACGAGAAAUUCAGAUUGAGGAGGUGGCCGAAGCGGAGAAUUUCCUGGCCCUGCGAAGCGAAGACCCAGAGAAAUACUUCCUGAACGGUGGCUGGACCAUCCAGUGGAAUGGUGAUUACCAGGUGGCUGGGACAACCUUCACCUACAAGAGAACGGGAAACUGGGAGAACCUCACGUCUCCGGGGCCCACAGAGGAGCCCGUCUGGAUUCAGCUCUUGUUCCAGGAGAAGAACCCGGGAAUUCGCUAUCAAUACACCAUCCAAAGGGAGGCAGACAGUGAAAAUGAGAUCGCUCCAGCCGAGUUCUUCUGGCAGUACGGCAGCUGGACAGCGUGCACGGCCUCCUGUGGGACAGGUGUCCAGAGACAGACGGUGCGCUGCACCGAGAAGGUGGCCGGGGUUGUGGAGGACCGUUACUGCGGGGCACUCAGCCGGCCCGAUGACAAGCAGAGGAGCUGCGGCGAGGAGCCGUGCCCCGCCAGGUGGUGGACGGGCGAGUGGCAGGCCUGCUCGGCCACCUGCGGGGACACAGGGCUGAUGCGGAGGACCAUCCUCUGCAUCCAGAGCGUGGCCCCAGACGAGCAGCAGGCCCUGCCGCCCAGCGAGUGCCAGCACCUCCCCAGGCCGGAUGCCACCGCCCCCUGCAACCGGGAGCGCCUCUGCCCGGCUCAGUGGGCCACGGGCAACUGGACCCAGUGCUCCGUGACAUGUGGGAGCGGGACCCAGGAGCGGCCCGUCCGCUGCCCCGGCGGCACCCGAGCCCCUUGCGAUGCGGGGCAGAGACCCGUCUCCAGGGCCGCCUGCUCCAUGCCGCCCUGCGGGGACAGGGCGGAAAGCAGUCUCCCGGACUGGUCUGGCAGCGGGUCGUCAAGCCGGGAGCUCUUCAACGAGAUCCAUUUCCUGCCCAACCGCCACGUCCCCAAGCCGAGUUCCUCACAGCCCAGUGCCACAGGUCUCAACGUCCUCCUCGAGGACAAUUUUCCGUCCAGCAGCAGUCGGCAGGGAAAUGUGUUCGUGGAUGAUUUUUACUACGAUUACAAUUUCAUCAACUUCCACGAAGAUCUGUCCCUUGACCCAGCGGGUGAAAUGGAUGGCAGGAAGGAGGGUUCGGACCCAGAUGCCGAGGAGCAGACUCCCGAGGGCACAACGAAGGGUCCUGAAGAAACGCACCCCGGCCUUCUCCUGACCGCACGUCCGGAGGAUGGGGUGGAAGGGACAAGCACUGCUCCGGCUCCUCGGCCCCGUGAUGAAGGGGAAGCUAACACGAUUCAGGAUCACGGCAUUCUUGCCGGUUGGCACGAUCCUCCGGAUGCCACCGUUGCCACCACAGCCACCACCUCCUCUGCAGUCCAGGAGAAGCGCUUCUGGGCCACGCUUCUGCCAGGUUCUCCAUCUACCUCAGCAGCAACGAGCUCUCCGGCGAGCAGUGGCAGUCGCGUGUCAGGAACAACUCACGGAGCACCUCUUCCAGGCAGGCUUUUGGGAGAGGACACGGCAGCCACCGUUCCGUCUUUUGGCUUUCCUGGCAUGGCCAUUCUAACACCCACAGUUCCUCCUGGCUGGAGCAGCCGCAGUCAGGGAAGCACGUCUGGUGCCCCUGGCAGAAGGGACCAAGACCUCAAAAGCUUGGUGCUUCCUGGUCAUGACGAUGGCGAAGAGCAAAACUCGUGGGAAACGGUGGAAGUGGGCAAUGGGGAGCCAAGUAACGCAGGCAAGGCUGAUGGCAGCAGUGCCGUGGACACCCCUCACGGGGCACAAGACGCUUGGCUCAACCCCGUUGGGAUGGAGCUGGCAGGAACAAGCAGACCAGCUGGCCACUCUGCCCCUCCGCCAGCUCGUUCCACCAAAGCCACCCUUGAGCUUUCCAUGCAGAAUGGCAAGGAGCUGGAUCACACCGUGAGCUCACCCAUUCUAGGAAGCAACCAGAGCAAGGUGGAAAAUACACAGAACCCCCCACGCGCCUCCACCAGGGGCACUCUGUCCCCGCCGGCUGACCCUCUACCGGAAGGGCCCUCCCCUUCUGACCCCCACAGCCCAGGUGCCUGGGGACAGCAGGCACCGACCAAGCUGGAGCCCACUCUUCCCAGCCCUUCCCCUUCCACGCUGGCUGCACCACGGGAGAAGGAAGCCAGUGAGAGGAAGAGGAGCCCGGAGACAAAGCCUGCAUUGUCUCCCAAGGCUCAUGGACCCUUCCAGGGCACAGAAGAAAGCUUGCCCAACGGGAUUCACUGGAUAUUUGCUCCUGGCAGUCCCGGCUGGGGGCCCGGCCUCACCACUGCGGUACCCCAGGAGGCAGGGAAGAGCGAGGCGCCCCCUGUGGUUCCCCCAGCGGUGGGACUCGCUGCCGCCAAUGCCAGCUGGGAAUCUGGAAACUGGAGUGAGUGCUCAGCCACCUGCGGGCUGGGGGCCAUCUGGAGGACCGUGCGCUGCAGCUCGGGAGUGGAGGCGGAGUGCGACCCCGCCGGGAAGCCCUCUCCCGCCCGAAGGUGCUACCUGGGGCCCUGCGCGGCCUGGCGUGCCGGCGCCUGGAGCAAGUGCUCCAAGGCCUGCGGUGGGGGAGUGAAGCUGCGGGACGUCCACUGCGCGGACAGCCGGGACCAGCGGCCCCUCCGCCCCUUCCACUGCCAGGCUGUCCCUUACAAGCCGCCGACGCAGGCCCCCUGCCACACCGAGCCGUGCCUGCGCUGGUACACGUCCCCCUGGAGAGAGUGCUCCGAGCCGUGCGGGGCAGGGGAGCAGGAGCGCCUGGUCACCUGCCCAGAGGUCGGGAGAUGCGACGAAGCCGCGCGGCCUGACAGCACACGCGUCUGCAACACCCACCCGUGCACCAAGUGGACCGUGGGCUCCUGGGGACAGUGCACAGCCACGUGCGGGGGAGGCAUCCAGAGGCGGCAGGUGAAGUGCGUGAACACGCGGACUGGCGAGGCCGAGGAGGACAGCGGCCAGUGCGGGCACGAGCUGUGGCCCGAGAGCACCCAGAAAUGCAACCCUCAGGACUGCGCCGACGACGACCCGAGCUUCGUCUGCGAGCGCAACCGGCUUUCCUUCGGCUUCUGCCAGACCCUGCUGCUGCUGGGGAGGUGCCACCUCCCAACGGUCCGCAUCCAGUGCUGCCAGACCUGCCACCAGCAUGGCCCCGGCCACCCGGAGCGUGGCAACCAGCGCGCCUCCCGGAAGUCCCCGCACGUUUGCUCUUCAGCAAGCGGACGUUUUGCCGUUUGUGGCGCGUGACUGCAGGCCUCUCCAGGCUUCCAGAGGGGAGCUGACGUCUCUCGGAGGGAUCUUUCCCUGCAUGCACGGUCACCCGCAAUGUCCUACAGAAGAAACCUGAUGGGGGAAGACGGCACGACCACACGACAGCAAUAAUCCAGAGGUGAUCUCAGAAAGGUCUCCGGUGCUACCACAAGGCUCCUGUUCAGGGUUAACUAGGUGUUGGCAGGCCAGCACGGAACUCUUGCCUAGGCAAUUUUUAAACAAUAAUAAUCAAAACCGUUAUUUUUAUAUUUUACAAGAGUGAACAUCCAGCCUUCCUGACAGUGCUACGAGUGUCUGAUCACCUGGUUGCAUUGUUGUGAUUGCGACUAUUUUGCUUCUUGUUGGCAUGAAGAGCUUAAAGGAGCGAGCUAGCAUCACCACUCCCUCAUUUCAGGCUGGCUGCGAACUGCCAGCCGCGGGGACCAAGUCUGUGGCAGGCAGAGUUUAACUCGGGCCUAAACUGGGUGCCAGCAGGAGUCCCGUGAGUGCAAACUCCGUGGCGCACGCUGUGUUUUUCCUGGUCACAAGGUCUGAAUCUCCAGUCAGCCACUUUUCACCAGGCUACCAUCAUCACCCACUGAAUGCCCACGACUGUCAAGAUCACUUUUUUUCCGUGACCCAGGGACUUUCAUGACGCUGCGGUUCCAACACAGUUCACCCAUAGCAACAUCCACAAACACGCACUCUCAUAGAAUGGUUCUUUGCUUUUGACCUCCAUUGAUAAUGGCUCAGAGGACUUUGUACUGCAUUUAAGUCCUUUGUUUGUGUAAUUAAACUUUCUUACUGCAUGUAUUAUCCAGGCUAAGAGCAGGAUGACCAAAAAUUAAAAGACUGAGGCUACAAUCUGUCCGUCCUUCAGCAAACUCAGUUAAAUGUUAUAGAUCUUACUGCUUUGUGGCUCCUCUGUCUCAAAGUUACAUUUCUCCCAAAUCUUUUAAAAUUGCUCUUGAUGUGUGCUAGGUAAAACCAUUUCUCAACAAAGAGUGUGGUACGCCUCGGUUGUACGUCAGAGCCAGAUAAAGACUGUCUCCAGCAAGAGAAAUACUUAAGUGUGCAUGCAAAAAGUUAUCAUCUCAAAUACAGAAGAUUUAAAAAAAAUCUUUUCCCAAGAAGAUACAACAGAAAUGUAUUGUCCUAAUUUUGAUUCUGUUUAAUGGCUGUAGCUCUCAAGUGUGUUAAAUUAAAUUGCUGUUACACAGCC